AUGUCGAAGGACACAAGAAGCCGCUCGGAUCUACGUAAAGAACUAGAAGCCCAUUUUAAAUCUGAUGAAUUUAUAAAUGCGGUUAAUGGCGUGAUAAGUAAAGAAAUGGGUGGAUUCCUGGUUUCAGAAGAGUUCAAAACUAUGAUGCUAUCAACUACUACAGCAGGUGUAUCUGAAGUAAUGUCUAGCACUAUUGAAUCUCUCGUAAAGAAAGAAAUCGAAGCAUCUGUACAACCUUUAAGAGAUCAAAUCUCAGUAUUAAAAAGCCAAGUAAACAAAGCGAAAUUACAUUCUAAUGAUAAUGAACAAUAUUCAAGGUGA